AUGGUAAGAAACUCUACCGAUAACAUCACGAGUCCAAGUACAGAUGCAAAAAAAAAAAAAGUCACUGGCAGUCAAUCUACGAUCAAUGCCGCGAAAGACAUUGUCAACCUACCAGCAACAUCGACGUUAACAAUAACGGCACCACCAUUAUCACCAUUACAUCGUCUUAGAUUUGACGAAAAAAAAACGGAGGUACUUAAAAUCAUACGUCAAUAUGAUAAGAAUGAUAACGGAAAAAUUGUGUUUGAAGAUUUUAAUAAAGUCAUGUCUGAGCGAAUAUUAAACCGAUCACCUGAGGAAGAAAUUCACAGAGCAUUCCAACUUUUUGAUGACGACAACACAGGAAAGAUAUCACUAUUUAAUUUAAAACGAGUAGCCGAAGAGUUGGGAGAAAAUUUAGACGAAGAGGAUCUUCAAGCAAUGAUUGACGAAUUUGAUUUAGACGAAGAUGGAGAGAUAAAUGAACAAGAAUUCAUGAAAAUUAUGUCAGAUGACAUUUAA